GCGCGUGCGCCCGUCCACGUGGCCGGCCCCGCCCUCCGCGGCCAUGAUCGAGGUGUCGGCGUCGCUGCUGCGGGGCGCCGCUUUCCUGGCCGGGGAGGCUGUGGAGUGCCUGGUGACGCUGCGCAACCCGCUCCCGCCCGACGCCACCUCCGCCUCCAGUGAGAUUCUGGCCUGGGCCAGUGCUCAGAUCCACUGCCAGUUGCAUACCAGUGAGAGCCGGGUUGCUUUGCCACCUUCACAAGAUACCAGCUAUGAUGCCCAAGCAGAAAACGAGACUGUCUUUGUGCCCAACAGAGGCGAGCGGGGUCAGUGCAUCCUGUCGACACCCCCAAAGAUCCUCUUCUGUGACUUGAGGCUGGAUCCCGGCGAGUCCAAGAGCUACUCCUACUGCGAGACACUACCGGUGGACGGCCCACCCUCCUUCCGUGGGCAGACGGUAAAGUACGUCUACAAGCUGACCAUUGGCUGCCAGCGGGUGAACUCAGCCAUCAAGCUGCUCCGUGUCCCCUUCCGAGUGAUGGUGCUGCAGGGGCUCAGAGACUACCCAUUCCCUCAGGAUGAGGCUGUGGCCCCCUCCAACCCCUUCUUGGAGGAGGAAGAGGGCGGUAUGAAGAACUCCUCCCGCCUGGCGGACCUGGCCACAGAGCUCCUGACUGUCGCGACUUCACGGCGGAGUUUGCAUUUGUUCAACAUCAGCAGUGCCCAGGGCCGAGUGGCCACCUUCUGCAUCUUCAAGACCGUCUACAAGAUUGGGGAGGAUGUGGUGGGGACUUUCAGCUUUUCCGAGGGGGAUACGCCGUGCCUGCAGUACCUGGUGAGUUUGCAGACAGAGGAGCGGGUCCAGGAGGCCUUCCAGCGCCACAGGGGCCAGGCUGCCUCCUACAGCACCCACGCCCGGCACCAGGAGUCCUGCCUGCACACAGCUCGGACCAGCUUCAGCCUGCCCAUCCCACUCAGCUCAGCCCCGGGAUUCAGCACCAACGUUGUGUCCCUCCAGUGGAGGCUCCACUUUGAGUUUGUCACUCUGCGGGACGUGGCUGAGGCGCACGUGGCUCCCAAGGACAAGUCGGAAGCUGCCAGCUGGACAGGAGUGGAGCAGAUGGAUGUGGACACUUUCAGCUGGGACUUGCCCAUCAAGGUGCUGCCGACCAGUCCCCUGCUGGCCACCUCUGUCUCCCAGCUGCCCAGCUGCAGUGCUCUCUCCAUCUGAACAGAAGCACUUGCGGGAGAGGAGCUGGGGGUCCUGGAAGCCGCCUUCUGACACUUCCUGAAGCCCGGGACUCUUCCACCUCCGGAGGGCCAGGCUGUUGGCAGUCAAGGCCGGCAAGACCUGCCCCGUCCUGGCUGGGGUGUUUUCCUUCCCCAUGCAGACCCAGUGAAGCCCUCGCCCUGCCCUUUUGCCUUAUGAAACAGCUCCAAGGCUGAAAGGGGACAGGGCUCUUUUCUGAUCUUCCACCCCACCCAGCGGUCUGUUUUGUGUCUGUCAAUAAACAGUUCACCAACUCCUGGCCCUUUGUGUGCCCAUGGCACUGCCCCAGGAUACAGGGGAGCAGGCAGGAGGCCCACCCUUUUUGCAGGCCUGCCUGGAGGAGGAGCCCUGCCCUUCUAUCUGGAAGCCCCACUCCCAGAGCAGGAGCCCAGGACAGUCCCUGGCCACUGCCCUUUCCUACCACCCACCUGGCAACUAGGACUGGGGAGCAGUAGCGCAGCUGAGGGCAGCUGCUGGUUCUUCGGCCUCCCGCAAACACACGCUGAACCUGCGACUCUUGUGGCACCUGUCUGGCCGAGUUGUUGCCCCUAGGAAAAAGCUUUAGUUUCUUCCCUUGUGGAAAUCCAGGUGAAAUGUCACAAACACCCAUGCCUGAGCUAUUCUCUCUGGUGCCCGAAGGCGCUGUGCAAAAACUUGCGCAGUGAGCUCCUCGGCUGCAUUUCCGGUGCAUGGAGUUAGGUGAGGAUUUGCCUUGGUUUGGAUUUCUUUACUACAUCUCCCCCCCCCCGCCCAUCUGGGCUUUGCCUUGUAGAGGAGCCGCUGAGGGGCAGGGUCCCAGGAGGGGGGGCUGACUGGCUUUUGGGAUUAAUGGGUUCCAUUUCAUUCCUGGCAACCUGGGAAGAGGUUUCUCCAAUCGGGCCCCCUCCCCUCCUUCCCAUUACUGGUUGGCUGAGACCAGAGGAGCAAAGGGUCCCCACACCCUGAUCCCAGCAGUCCCUCCUGCCGGAGGGCGCACUAGGGCAGGUCCCGUAGUUCUGGUGGGCAGGACUCUAGUGGAGCUGUGGUGGGCUCCAUUCCGAAGCAGCUGGCUUUUCCCUUGGGGGCUUUGGCUGGUAGACGAACCCCACCAGGUCUUUAUGGGGUUCAGUCCCUGCUAACCUGGAUGAUGCUUUGGAAUUUGGGGGGGGGGGCUGCUUGGUUCAUUGUGGGGUCUCAAGGGAAAGCAGUUCAGUCAGGCCACUGCCCCUCCUGGACCUUUCCCCGCUCGGCUCCCUUCCAAGGUCCUGCAGCAACUCUGGUUUCAGAGAUCAUUUAUAAUGCCUCUCCAUCCCCUCCCCCAUCUGAAAAGAUUGGACCAUUUAGUAGCGCCGGAAGGGCCCUGGGUUUAAGGUCUGAACCCCGUUCUGCCUUGUGUCGUGCUCUGUGUGUUUCUCCAAGGACAUAGCCGAGCCCUUCGCAUCUUCUAACCAAAUCAUAUUUUGAUCAGUGAAGAGUUUGGCUUUUCUUACAGCCCUUAAAUUACUCUGUAGACUCAGUUACUUCAUGUUACCUUCUUAGGAAAGAAAUUUUAGUAUAAGUGUGACUUUCCUUGUGUAUUUAAUUGAACAAUCACUAAAUAAAUGGAAGUAACACUGUGGAGUUGUGUCUUGCUGGCAUCUCGCCACAAGGCUCUGUGGAGGCAGAAUGUGGUCCGUGCCCGUUUGGGGAAUGAUAAUUAUUACAUUUAUUAGCUUGGUUUGAUUUUCACAGAUGCACCCAAAAUCUGACUUCUCCGCUUGCUUUUGGGGUGGAAAGAACAGAUGAGAUCCACCCCCUGCAAGAGGCUUCAUAACUGCCAGGUUGACCAUGGGCUGCCCUUUCUUUCUUUCUUUCUUUCUUGUAUCUUGUAACCUCUCCAGAAGAGGUAAGAAGAGCCAGGAAGGGAGAGAAUCCAGGAACCCCGAAGGAGGAGCCGAGGUGGGGGUGAUGGGAGAUGGGGGGCUUGGGCUUGGGCUUGGCGGGGUUGGGCAAAGAAGGGAAAAAGGGGGACGUGGAAGCCAGUGUGAAUGGAGGGAGUGCAGUUUCUUUUCAUCUGGGGAGCCGGUCCAGAGUGAUGCUGUAGUAGAGAGUGCAGGUGAAGAAGGCCUGGAUAAAGAGAGAGGAGAUCACCACCUCUAAGCAAUAGGGAGGGAAGCCCAAAAAACCAGGAAGGCACAAGCAAACAUCUCAGAAAGAGAUUCCCCUGCUCCAGAGGAGAAUAAGGAACAGAGGAGGGGAAGUAGAAUCAAACUUGCAAGAUCCUGUUACUGUGGGUCCUGCCAAGUACCUUUAAUAAGGAGCCAAGCCUAAGCGUGAAAGCCACCGAGAGGUUGCCUCACCUCCAUCAUGGGCCCUCCAGAGAUCAUCCACGAGGGCAGCCAAGGCUUUCUCCGUAACCCAGACCGAAAAGAGUCCCAAUCACACAGUGCAUCUGGGGCUUCUGCGCCUGAGCACCGCCCACCCCACCCUCAACAGCUCCUCCCCCGAUAUCUCCUUCAUGCUCAGUUAUCUCCUGUUGUCAAUCUGUUCUCUCAGCAUCUGGAUAGGAUGCCAUUCAUAGGCGACCUUUUCAGUGCAGCUGGGGACCCUUCCAAAUUUGGGGAGCCCCUCCUUUCCUUGGGGUGGCUGCAUGUCAGGUGAGCCCGGGGCAAUGGUGGGUUACUCCUGGUUCACCCCAGUUCGGGCAAACCGGUAGUGGUGGUGGCGGGAGGCUUCACCCACCCGCCCAGAUGUCAUCAAAAAUGCUCUGUGCAUGCGCAGAAGUGCCACAUGCUCACAAAGCAAUAACCAAUAGCAAACCGGUAGCACCGGGAUUUAAACCCCACUACUGGCCCGGGGGUCUUCUCCCAUUGCAGGCCAGAGCCAAGAAACGUCAACGCUGCUGAGGACUCUCGCUCUCUUCCUGCAAUGGCCCUUUACGGCUGAGGUGGCCCUUCCAUCUCCAUUUCUCUGCGAGGCUUCUGGCAGAGGGAAGGGCUGUGAGCUGCACAGAAAUGCCCCCCACUCCCCACUUCCUCUCAGCAACCCCCUCUUGUCAACUGUGAUUUACUUCCUCCCCCUCUCUGGAAUUCUUCUCUGGUGCUCAGAAUCUAACCCCAGCUCCGCCACCCCCAAAUCCCAUCGUCCUUCCCUGACAAUUGCCAGGAAAAGCCUGGGGGAGAUGGGGGAGGAGAAGAGUUAAGGCAGGGGUGAAAUCCAGCAGGUUCUGACAGGUUCUGGAGAACUGUUAGUGGAAAUUUUGAGUAGUUCGGAGAACCGGCAAAUACCACCUCUGGCUGGCCCCAGAGUGGGGUGGGAAUGGAAAUUUUGCAAUAUCCUUCCCCUGCCACGCCCACCACGCCACAACCACAGAACGGUAGUAAAAAAAUUUGGAUUUCACCACUGAGUUAAGGGGUCUGGCAAAGUGAGUUAGGGAACAAGAGGGGGGAGGUUAUGGGUUGGUUUCCAAAUGUUCUGUUACCAGGCUAAGUAACAUCUUCAGCAGACCAGUACUUAUAGACUUGGCUUACCUCUUGGUUACCUGGAACAGGUUGCUUAUGAAACUUGGCUUAAGUAGGCCCCGCUCUUCUGGCCAGCAUUAUCCUAUGACUUUGGUCAAUGGCUAAUAGUUCUUCUCAGUAAUUGUUUCCAGAAGAGUAAAAGACUAAAUCCUGUCCUCUCAGACACCCGUUUUGCCUUCUGAGAAGUCAAAAGGGGGCAGGGGAGGAAUGGAGCAGUUUCAGAUAAAUGGAGAGGUAAGGAAUGUGGCCUUGCAACAUCUAACUCACAGCAGCCCAUUGUAUGUUUUUAAUCAGGACAUUCCCCUUGCAACCCCUGAAAUUCGAGGUGCAAAUAUUUCUCCUAGCUAAAAGGAUUGUUCUUUGUAGAUAACAGAAGGGCAGGGAGCGAGCGGAGGCCCAUGGCAAGAAGCAAAUAAUGGAGGCUCCCUGCAGCCUUUGUUAGACUCUCCCUGCAGAGAAAGAGGGGCACCCGGAUUUAUACAGGAGAAAAUGAUGCCAGGGAGGGGGAGGAGUCCUUUGGAAGAGCCCCCCUUUCAGCAGGGAAGGCCUUUAACAAGCACCGCAGGGAGCCUUGGCUGCUGGCUUUGGGUCCUGCCUUUGGAUUCCACAGUAGAAAAUGUCAUUUAUAAUAAGAGGAUGAUAAACCAUCCGCUCCAGGCUUUUUCCUUGUUUUCAUCUUUUUUACAGCUUCACAAACCUACAUUAUUUAGGGAAAGUUCAUUAACUGAUUCUAUUUUUUAUUUGUUUCUUUUAUGCCGCCUAUAUAAGGUAACUCUAUGAUAAACUUUGUUUCUUUAACUAUUCAUCAACCUUUGCCAGAGAAACUUCUCUUUUGUAUCAUUUAUAGUAAUUGAUAAAAUAUUUACAUAAAUUAUCUGUUAUUAUAUUUUCAUCUUGUAAUUGUAACAAUAUUUUUUCUGUUUUCUUUCUUCAGUUUAUAUGCCAACCAUUUCCCUGUCUUAUUUGCAAAUCCAAGAUUAUUUUGUUUCCCAUAGUUCAUAUGUACAUUUUACAUUUCCCUUCAUGUUAACUUGGACAAUUGCUACUGUAGUGAAAUAAUUUGUUGUGAAAUAAUUAUCUUUACUGGG